AUUCUUGCUAUAAAAGCCGAUGACUUUUCUUUAUCGUUGCGUUGUAGCCAUAACGUCGCUUAAGGAAGAAAAGACUCUGCCUUAAAACUAUAAUGUUACGGGUUAUAUGGGUUUGUCUCCUUCUGGGGCAAGUCAUCGUUUCACUAGGUGAUGAGACUUCAGUAUUGAAUGAAUCAUCUGCUGAAAAUGGAAGAGUGUCCCUGACAACUGAUUUAUGUUCCAAAAAUCCUUGCUUUGCAGGAAGGUUCGUGAAGUGUAAUAAUAUUAAAAACGAUUUUGAAUGCAUAUGUAAACCUGGUUUUGCUGGAAAACGAUGUGAGCUCGAAUGCGCUCCAGUAGAUCUUUGCUGGAUUAUAGAUGGCAGUGGGUCAAUUGGAUCUAGCAAUUUUAAAAAGCAAAUGGAUUUCAUUAAAGGCCUUACCGAUUCAUUCGAUGUAGGCCCUACAAAAACACGAGUAGCUGCAAUUAUUUUUGACCACAACGCGAUUGUAAGGUUUGAUCUGAAUGAUUUCAACUCUAACAAACAACUUAUUCUAAACGCGCUUGCAACUACCACUUUUCCCAAUGGAGGUACACGAACGGACCUAGCACUAAAACUUGCAAGAGAACGAAUCUUUGUUCCCAUACAUGGAGAUAGAAUAAAGAUAAAAAAUAUUGCACUUGUUUUCACAGAUGGUGCCUCAGCUAAUCCAGGGGGUACUAAAACACAAGCUGACUUAUUGAAGAAAGCGACUAAUCUUGGCGUAACCGUAUUUGCUGUUCCUGUAGGAAGCAACAUAAAUAACAAUGAAAUAGAAGCAAUAGCAACAGAUAAGUCAAAAAUCAUAAAAGUAAACAAUUUCAACGAUUUGGAAAAAUAUAAAGCAAUAAUACUGGAUGAAACCUGCAAGGCAACAGCAAGCGAUUGCAACCCUAAUCCGUGUCAAAACGGUGGAACUUGUAAGCAACUGCCAAUCGGCUAUUCAUGUACGUGUCCCAAGGGAUUUAGCGGAAAAAAUUGUGAGCUUGAAAACGAAUGUAUAACGAAAAAACCAUGUAAAAAUGGCGCAACAUGCAUUGAUCUACCAGUUGGAUAUUCAUGUUCGUGCCCCAAGGGAUUUAGUGGAAAAAAUUGUGAGCUUGAAAACGAAUGUAUAACGAAAAAUCCUUGUAAAAAUGGCGGAACAUGUAAUGAUCUACCAGUUGGAUAUUCAUGUUCGUGUCCCAAGGGAUUUAGUGGAAAAAAUUGUGAGCUUGAAAACGAAUGUAUAACGAAAAAACCAUGUAAAAAUGGCGCAACAUGCAUUGAUCUACCAGUUGGAUAUUCAUGUACGUGUCCCAAGGGAUUUAGCGGAAAAAAUUGUGAGCUUGAAAACGAAUGUAUAACGAAAAAUCCUUGUAAAAAUGGCGGGACAUGUAAUGAUCUACCAGUUGGAUAUUCAUGUUCGUGUCCCAAGGGAUUUAGUGGAAAAAAUUGUGAGCUUGAAAACGAAUGUAUAACCAAAAAACCAUGUAAAAAUGGCGCAACAUGCAUUGAUCUACCAAUUGGCUAUUCAUGCAAGUGUCCCCUGGGUUACUUUGGAAAGAAUUGUGAAAUCAAAAAUAGCUGUUUACCAAAAAAUCCUUGUAAAAAUGGCGGGACAUGUAAUGAUCUACCAGUUGGCUAUUCAUGUUCGUGUCCCAAGGGAUUUAGCGGAAAAAAUUGUGAGCUUGAAAACGAAUGUAUAACCAAAAAACCAUGUAAAAAUGGCGCAACAUGCAUUGAUCUACCAAUUGGCUAUUCAUGCAAGUGUCCCCUGGGUUACUUUGGAAAGAAUUGUGAAAUCAAAAAUAGCUGUUUACCAAAAAAUCCUUGUAAAAAUGGCGGAACAUGUAAUGAUCUACCAGUUGGAUAUUCAUGUUCGUGUCCCAAGGGAUUUAGUGGAAAAAAUUGUGAGCUUGAAAACGAAUGUAUAACCAAAAAACCAUGUAAAAAUGGCGCAACAUGCAUUGAUCUACCAAUUGGCUAUUCAUGCAAGUGUCCCCUGGGUUACUUUGGAAAGAAUUGUGAAAUCAAAAAUAGCUGUUUACCAAAAAAUCCUUGUAAAAAUGGCGGAACAUGCAAUGAUCUACCAGUUGGCUAUUCAUGUUCGUGUCCCAAGGGAUUUAGCGGAAAAAAUUGUGAGCUUGAAAACGAAUGUAUAACCAAAAAACCAUGUAAAAAUGGCGCAACAUGCAUUGAUCUACCAAUUGGCUAUUCAUGCAAGUGUCCCCUGGGUUACUUUGGAAAGAAUUGUGAAAUCAAAAAUAGCUGUUUACCAAAAAAUCCUUGUAAAAAUGGCGGAACAUGCAAUGAUCUACCAGUUGGCUAUUCAUGUUCGUGUCCCAAGGGAUUUAGCGGAAAAAAUUGUGAGCUUGAAAACGAAUGUAUAACCAAAAAACCAUGUAAAAAUGGCGCAACAUGCAUUGAUCUACCAAUUGGCUAUUCAUGCAAGUGUCCCCUGGGUUACUUUGGAAAGAAUUGUGAAAUCAAAAAUAGCUGUUUACCAAAAAAUCCUUGUAAAAAUGGCGGGACAUGUAAUGAUCUACCAGUUGGCUAUUCAUGUUCGUGUCCCAAGGGAUUUAGUGGAAAAAAUUGUGAGCUUGAAAACGAAUGUAUAACCAAAAAACCAUGUAAAAAUGGCGCAACAUGCAUCGAUCUACCAAUUGGCUAUUCAUGCAAGUGUCCCCUGGGUUACUUUGGAAAGAAUUGUGAAAUCAAAAAUAGCUGUUUACCAAAAAAUCCUUGUAAAAAUGGCGGAACAUGCAAUGAUCUACCAGUUGGCUAUUCAUGUUCGUGUCCCAAGGGAUUUAGCGGAAAAAAUUGUGAGCUUGAAAACGAAUGUAUAACCAAAAAACCAUGUAAAAAUGGCGCAACAUGCAUUGAUCUACCAAUUGGCUAUUCAUGCAAGUGUCCCCUGGGUUACUUUGGAAAGAAUUGUGAAAUCAAAAAUAGCUGUUUACCAAAAAAUCCUUGUAAAAAUGGCGGAACAUGUAAUGAUCUACCAGUUGGAUAUUCAUGUUCGUGUCCCAAGGGAUUUAGUGGAAAAAAUUGUGAGCUUGAAAACGAAUGUAUAACCAAAAAACCAUGUAAAAAUGGCGCAACAUGCAUCGAUCUACCAAUUGGCUAUUCAUGCAAGUGUCCCCUGGGUUACUUUGGAAAGAAUUGUGAAAUCAAAAAUAGCUGUUUACCAAAAAAUCCUUGUAAAAAUGGCGGAACAUGCAAUGAUCUACCAAUUGGAUAUUUUUGUACAUGUCCCCUAGGAUAUUUUGGACCGAAUUGUGAAUUCAAAAACGACUGUAAACCGAAAAAUCCUUGUCUAAAUGGCGGAAUAUGCAAUGAUUUGCCAAAUGGCUAUUUUUGUACAUGUCCGCUUGGAUUCUACGGAAAGAAUUGUGAGUUUAAAUACAACUGUUUCCCAAAAAAUCCAUGUUAUAACGGUGGUAAAUGCAUUGAACAAAAAUUUGGCUAUAUCUGUAAGUGUCCCUUAGGAUAUUAUGGAAAGCAUUGUGAGUUGAAAAACGAAUGUGUACCUAAAAAUCCAUGUCUCAAUGGCGGAAUAUGCAAUGAUUUACCAAAUGGCUUUUUUUGCAAAUGUCCUCCUGGAUAUUUUGGAAAGCUUUGUCAGGAACAAAACUCAUGUUUUCCAACAAAUCCAUGUUAUAAUGGUGGUAAAUGCAUUGAUCAAAAAAUUGGCUAUAUCUGUAAGUGUCCCCUAGGAUAUUAUGGAAAGCAUUGCGAGCUGAAAGACGAAUGUAUACCGAAAAAUCCAUGUCUCAAUGGCGGAAUAUGCAAUGAUUUACCAAAUGGCUACUUUUGUAAAUGUCCUCUUGGAUUCUAUGGAAAAAAUUGUGAGUUUAAAUACAACUGUUUCCCAAAAAAUCCAUGUUAUAAUGGUGGUAAAUGCAUUGAACAAAAAGCUGGUUAUUUCUGUAAGUGUCCCCCUGGAUAUUAUGGAAAGCAUUGUGAGCUGAAAAACGAAUGUGUACCGAAAAAUCCGUGUCUAAAUGGCGGAAUAUGCAAUGAUUUACCAAAUGGCUAUUUUUGUAAAUGUCCUCUUGGAUUCUACGGAAAGAAUUGUGAGUUUAAACACAACUGUUUCCCAAAAAAUCCAUGUUAUAAUGGUGGUAAAUGCAUUGAACAAAAAGCUGGUUAUUUCUGUAAGUGUCCCCCUGGAUAUUAUGGAAAGCAUUGUGAGCUGAAAAACGAAUGUAUACCGAAAAAUCCAUGUCUAAAUGGCGGAAUAUGCAAUGAUUUACCAAAUGGCUACUUUUGUAAAUGUCCUCCUGGUUAUUAUGGAAAGAAGUGUGAAUUCAAAAACUUAUGUUUUCCAAAUAAUCCCUGUUUUAACGGUGGUACAUGUUUUGGUCAUAAAUUUGGCUAUUCAUGUAAAUGUCCUCCUGGUUAUUAUGGAAAGAAGUGUGAGCAUAAAAACGAAUGUUUUUUGAAAAAUCCAUGUUUGAAUGGUGGUACAUGUGUUGACCAGCUAUCUGGUUAUAUAUGCAAAUGUCCUUUUGGAUAUUCCGGAAGCAAUUGCGAACUUAAAGAUUUUUGUAAACCGACAAAUCCUUGUAACAAUGGCGGUAUAUGUAAAAAUGUUAAAGAUGGCUUUUACUGUGAAUGUAAGUCUGGAUUUUUUGGAAAGUUAUGUAGCCUUGAGUGUAAUCCGAUGGAUCUUUCCUGGAUUAUAGAUACAAGCGGUUCUCUUGGAAAUCUAAACUUCAAUUUACAAAAAAGCUUCAUUAGAGAUCUGACUGAUGCUUUUGAUAUUUCUCCGUCGCAUACACGGAUAGGAACAAUUACUUUUGGAACUAAAGCGGUGUUAAGGUUCGACUUUGAUGAUUACAACAAUAGAGCUAGCAUUCUUUCUGCAAUUGAUGCAAUUCCAUAUUCCCGUGGAUUGACAAAUACAGCGGAUGCUCUUCAAUUAGAAAUGGAUCAUGUUUUUCAAGUGUCUAAUGGAGAGAGAGAAAAUAUUCCAAAUAUUGUUGUUCUUUUCACGGAUGGACCAUCAAACAAAAAUAAGGCCAAGACCGUUCCAACAGCUAAUCAAUUGAAAAUGUUUACAAAACUUGGCGUUAAAAUAUUUGUUGUUUCAGUAGGGCCUCGUUUUAAAAAAUCCGAAAUUGAAGGAAUUGCCAGUGAUGCCAGCAAAGUCAUUUACAUUGAUAGUUUCAAUGAUUUGGGAAAAUAUAAGAGUAAAAUAACUCAUGAUAUUUGUAAAUGUACGCUCAAAAACCCUUGUAACCCAAAUUUUUGUCAGAAUGGUGGAGUUUGUCAACCAUUUGGAAAUAGCUAUAAAUGUAACUGUCUACCUGGUUUCUCCGGAGACGAUUGCGAGAUAAAUAUUAAUGAAUGCGCUUCUUCUCCGUGUUUGAAUGGCGGAACUUGUAAAGAUGGGGUAAAUGGUUAUACUUGUCAAUGUAGUCCGGGAAAUACCGGAAUAAAUUGCGAUGAGGAUAUAAAGGAAUGUAACUCGAGUCCUUGUCAAAAUGGUGGAACUUGCCUAGAGCAAACUAAUAAAUAUUCUUGCAAAUGUAAACAAGAAUAUUAUGGAAAACAUUGCCAGCACAAAAAGGAUAUCUGUAAACCUAACCCCUGUAAAAAUGGUGGAAAGUGUAAUGAUUAUAAAGGCAUAGUCAAAUGUUCGUGUCCGAAGGGAUAUAUUGGAAAAUAUUGUGAAAAGCCUAUUAAGUAUCCAUGCAAACCUAAUCCUUGUAAAAAUGGUGGAAAAUGUAAGCCAAUAAGUUUCUUCUUUUACAAGUGUUACUGUCCAAAAGGAUAUUAUGGAAAACAUUGCGAGCUCAAAAAGGAUACCUGUAAACCUAAUCCCUGCAAAAACGGUGGAAAGUGUACACAAUAUAAAGGUGGCGUGAAAUGUUCGUGUCCGAAAGGAUAUAUUGGAAAAUAUUGUGAAAAGCCUAUUAAGUAUCCAUGCAAACCUAAUCCUUGUAAAAAUGGUGGAAAAUGUAAGCCAAUAAGUUUCUUCUUUUACAAGUGUUACUGUCCAAAAGGAUAUUAUGGAAAACAUUGCGAGCUCAAAAAGGAUACCUGUAAACCUAAUCCCUGCAAAAACGGUGGAAAGUGUACACAAUAUAAAGGUGGCGUGAAAUGUUCGUGUCCGAAAGGAUAUACUGGAAAAUAUUGUGAAAAACCUAUUAUUGCAAAGUAUCCAUGCAAAUCUAAGCCUUGUAAAAAUGGUGGAAAAUGUAAGCCAAUAGGUUUCUUCUUUUACAAGUGUUAUUGUAAGAAAGGAUAUUAUGGAAAACAUUGCGAGCUCAAAAAGGGUACCUGUAAUCCUAACCCCUGCAAAAAUGGUGGAAAGUGUAAAGAUUAUAAAGGUGGAUUCAAAUGUUCGUGUCCGAAGGGAUAUAAAGGAAAAUAUUGUGAAAAAUCGAAGAAUGCUUGCAGUAGUUCUCCCUGUUUGAAUGGUGGCAUUUGUAAGAAUUAUAAAUAUGGUUACAAAUGCAAAUGUAAGAAACCUUGGAAAGGAAAGAGAUGCCAAAAACAAAAGUAAUAUUUAUGCUUGAAUAACAAUACUAGAAUAGGAUAUACAAUUACAGAAAUUGUAAUAUUUAAAAUAUUGCGUUCUCAUGUCAAAGUUCAGUUUGAACUAUUUUGUUUUACAUUUUGAAAUUUUAUAUUUAUUUCCUUUUUUGAACUUUGUUUUUUAAAUUCUAAUUAAAAUUUGCUCAAAUUUCUAUAAUAAAAUUUUAUAUUCAAA